AGCUACAUUGAUGUUUGCUACUUUCAUUAUGUGUAGCACAUCACAUAUGCUCGGCAUACUGUAGUCUCAAUUUACUGCAAUGGGCCUACGCGGCCUCGUGGACUCGCCAAUGGACCAGAGCGAGAACCUGGAGCUGCUCGCUCGCAUCGAGCGCCAACUACGUGUGAAUCCUGUUAGCGGCAACAUGAACGUGAAGGAAAUCGACGUCUUCGUGGACGACUGGGCGCCGCCGUCCACGCAGACAUCGCGCGAACUCUGGACUUUAGUAUUGGACGUGGUCUUCGCUCCAUUAUGGCUACGCAUCCGCGCAGCAGAAUUGCUAAACGUUUGCUGUGACAUGGUCGAAUCAGACUCAGACGGGAUUGUCAAAAUUAAUACCCAAGAGACGCACAAACUCCGCGCCAUUGUGAGCUCCACGUGCCAGGCACUGGAGGAACUCGACGCCACAGACGCCAAGCAAGCCGAGCAGCUCUUUACGUGGUUCGGCUUCCUCGAGAGAUUGCUAUUGGCUACACAUAGCGACGUCUGCGUCCAGGUCUUCCAGAACAGUAUGUACGCAGGCAUGUUGACCAAGAUGCUGCGGUUAUUGUCAGCCUGUUCUACGAAGGUUUUUGCAGCGACGACAGUGUGUCUGGGGCUCUUCCACGAUCACGAGAAGAAAUGUGGUCACUCGAUGCUGGUCGGUGAGGUAUUGAGAGAUAUGAAGGAUGGCAGGGAACAUCUAAGCGGGGCACUGCUGCACGUCAUCAACUCGUGCGGAUGUCCGUGUCCGAUAGAGAGGACUGUUCAUUUGUGGAACGCACUGCAGUUGUUUGGUGACAUUCUGGCGGACGAGACGGCUUCGGCGUUGGUGUUUGUGAAUGACUUCAAGGUGCUGAUCGACCUCGUGAUCAGAGAAUGUACUGAUCUUCCGCAGGAGGACGCUACACGACUGCAUUAUAUGGAGCUGCUGGAACGUAUUCUGGGCUCGCAGCUUUAUCUUCAGACACAGAUGUAUCGCAAACGUGAACUGUGGAGCUUGUUGGAGUCGCUGUUGGAGGCUGGAGCCCAGGAGGAUUCGGUCAUGCCGAAGGAUGUCAUGGAUAGGAUCAAGCAGAUUCUGGUGAAAUACAUUGAUCUCCUGGAUUGAAGAAGUAUCGGUGCCCUGAGUGACACGAUAUACGACGACUAUCUGGAUGCUUUGUUUAGAGCUUGUACGAGAUAAAUUUUUGUAACAAUGAAGACAACAUGUGAGAAGUACUGAAUGAUUCACUGCCUACUGGGAAACUCAGGGAUUCAAAUUCAUGUAAUGGCAUUCGCUUGCACGAAGCCAAGAG